UUAUCCCCCUCUCCCUUCCGUCCCUCCAUACCCACCUCCCAUUAACUCUCUCUCUUUCUCUCUCUACAGCGAGUCACUGAGUGUGCAGCUCUGUGUUGCACAGCUGAGACACUAGUCCAGAAGGAGGAGGAGGAGGAGGAAGAAGAAGAAGAAGAAGAAGAGGUGGGUGCGAUGUUGCUAGGAAAGCGCCCGCGCCAUCGGAUUCGGAGGACGACCAGCGUGACCAGCAUCACCGUCGUCGACCUAGAGGUGGACGACGACGCGCAGGGGCCGUCGGACGCCCGCCAGGACCCUGCCGGUGAGAGCGGUGCGCUGCGAGACGGGGCGGCCCCUCCCGAUCAUCACCACCACGGCGGCGGUGAGAACGUCAGCAUGGACAGCUUCGGACCGUACGACGACCGUCAGAGCAGCUUCCAGGCGCUGGUGUCGCCGAGGAACUACAGCAACGUGGAGGCCGAGGGUGCUCAUUUUCUGACCACCUGCGGACUCUGCAAGCGCCGUUUGUUUCCUGGUCGCGAUAUUUACAUGUACAGUUCAAUCAAAUCUACCCGUCAAAGAAAAAAGAGAGAGAAGAUAACAUGUUUAUCUUCUUUUUCUUAGAAAAAAGAAAGAAAGACUAGCGGUUCGGAAAAUGCUGAAAAACAAAUUCUCUUUUGGGUUGUCUGAGUCUCUGCAUAAUUGCACGUUUGGGACAGGGUUUCAAUCAUUUUUUUGUCUGCGAAAUAUGAUACGCAGGAAAGAGGAGUGUCGAAUAGAAAACGUCCAAUUUUUUCUAUUUUCUUUAGGCAUAAUUUUCUUUGAGUGUCGGAAGGUGAGCCCAGCAUAUUCACAGCAUCAUCUGGAAUUUGCAGGCACUUAGCUAGUGAUCUGGAAUUUAAGCAAAAGAGGGUUUGAAACCUUCAACCUUUUAUUACGUCAUAAAAUGCGACAAUGCAUGUAGAUGUAGAUCAUGUUACCAAGUGCACGGCACUUAAAAUAUUGUACAUCUAAGCAUGGCUUCAAAAUCUAACAAGGCAAAGUCGCGUGUCUUGGAGCAUGUGUAUCAAAUAAAUUCCGUCGCCACGCUCUUUUUUAGGGUAUAAAAAUAUAAAUUCACUGACUGUAGUGGGAUGAACAAAGUCCAAAUUUAAGGAUGCCAGUUAACAAGAUCUUAUAAAGAUUCGUUGCUAUAGCCCCUCUCUCGCGAGAUCGUACGGCAGAACCGACAUGCGUGAAUUCCACACUGACAUUAUUAGAUAGGUGAAAGGUACAGUGGGUUUUGGCGUGGCAUGUUAGGGUUUGGGAACCAUACUAUGGUCUGAAUUUUCAGAUAUCAAUUGUACUGCUUAUUGAGUCUGAUGACUAAUAAAACGAUGGCGUGGCAGGGGAGAUACGGCCUUUUGUAGCCAUGAGUGUAGGGAACAGCAGAUGAAGCAGGACGAGAA